AAAAAAGUUUCCUGAAAUGAAUUGGAGAGACCAUGUGCCCUAGCGGCCUAGCCUCAGUGGCUGGAACUCAAAAGAGAAAAAUUGACUAAAUCCCUCCUCUCCUCUCAUUUUUGGGAACUGCACACAUAACUGCACUUGUAACCUUCCGAGAGAGCGAUGGAAGAAUCAACUAACCCUUCAGAAUCAAACCCUUCUUCAUCUUCUUUUUCUACAACUAGCUAUACCAAUUCUAGGGUUGGAAAAGGUGGUUCUGAAUUCCUCUCUAACCUUCCUUCUCGUGGUCUUUUCUCCUCUUCCACUGUCCUCUCCACUAAUCCCGGUGGGAUUCGAGUAUAUGUCUGUGAUCAUGAUACGUCACCACCAGUGGACCAAGUUAUAAGUACAAACCAAACAAACAUAUUGAUUAGAUCUCUCAUGCUUAAGAAGCAGAGGAAUGAUGCCGUCUUAAAGGAUGUAAAGGGUAAAUCUACAACUGAGAUCACCAAAGGAAAGAGAGCUGCUGAAAGAACGGCAGAUGGCAGAGCUUCCGCUAAGAGAGCUAGUUUGAGCUUAAACCCUCGCAGUUCUCAGCAAGAGAAAUCAAGUGGGUGUGCCUUUGAUAAAGAAAUACAGAGUUUGACUGUGGAUAAGCUGCGUAUUCUACUGAGGGGAAGAGGUCUGUCAGUCAAAGGAAAGAAGGAGGAACUGAUUGCACGCCUCCGAAAUGACAACGUAGAUGGUAAGCAUAUUUAAGAAUGGGGGAUAGAUACUCCAAGGGACAAGUUAACUAUCCCCAAGCCUAUGUAUACGUACAAGGGCUUUCAGCUUCUUGAAGGAAAGGGUUCGGAGCGUUAGUUGGCGUGUGAUUAUUGUAAACUGGUUAUUUAAGUUUCGGGAAACAUAAAAGUAAUAUUUUUGUUGUACAAGCCUUGGGUUCUUAUGCUUUUGAAGCUGUAAUAUGGUCUUGCCUUGCUGUUUGUUGUAUACUAACAACAACAUCCCCAUCAUCCUAGUUCCAGUGGAAAACAUACCAACUGCAUGGGUAUAUGAUGAAGUUGCUUAAUAGCAUUUUCUUCUUUUUCUUUGACCUUGAGCUUUCAAGGAUAUAAAGCUGUCCGUGUGGGGAAUUGCUUCUCUUACCGAACUGUUAACAUUGCUUGUAUCUUGUAUUAUAAAAAGUUUUGGAUCAUAACAAGACACCUUCCUU